CCAGCCUGUGGACUCUCCACUGGCACGGUCUGAUUGUUCCCGCCGGCCGUAAAAGCGAACAAUGUUCAAAAACAAGCUUGAAAGCCUUCCUGUGGAGAGAACAGAUGGAGAGUCCCCGCCCCUGUGGCUGACAGCUCCGUCCUGCAUGGUCUGGCUGAGGAUCCAGAGAGCUUGGCGGAUAGAGAAGAGGGGCGGCCGCGCACCAAUGAUCAUGAUCCCAGACUUCUUCAGCGCAUGAAAGCCGAGCCGAUCGCAUCCUCGAGUCCAGCUCCCAGCUGAAAGAAGGCAUCAUGAUUCCUGUGAUGGAAUUCCGGCAGUUCUCUGAACAGCAGCCAGCGUUCAGAGUCCUGAAGCCGUGGUGGGAUGUGUUCACUGACUAUCUGUCUGUAGUCAUGCUCAUGAUUGGUGUCUUUGGAUGCACUCUUCAGGUAAUGCAAGAUAAAAUCAUAUGCCUUCCUCAGAGAAUAUCAUCACCCUCAGAGAACAGAAGUGGAGUGGAAGUGAAGUCACUGUUGCCCCUGCAAUCCAAUGCCUCAGCUGUACCAAGAGAAAUGACGGGCCUCAAAACCGACCUGGAUCUUCAGCAGUACAGUUUCAUCAAUCAGAUGUGUUAUGAGAAGGCUCUGCAUUGGUAUGCAAAGUAUUUUCCCUAUUUGGUCCUGAUACACACCCUAGUUUUCAUGGUGUGCAGCAACUUCUGGUUCAAAUUCCCGGGCUCAAGCUCCAAAAUAGAGCAUUUUAUUUCAAUGCUUGGCAAGUGCUUCGACUCUCCCUGGACCACAAGGGCCUUGUCUGAGGUGUCGGGAGAAAAUCCAGAAGAAAAGGACCAGAAGAAGAGCGGUGCUCCAAGGUCCAACAUUGCUGUGUCCCCUGGAGAAGGCAGUCUGGAGAAGACGCAGUCUCUCCGUUCUAUCCCAGAAAAGAUUGUUAUUGACAAGCCGUCGGCAAGUGUUCUUGACAAAAAAGAGGGUGAGCAAGCUAAAGCUCUUUUUGAGAAAGUGAAGAAGUUCCGUUUGCACGUCGAGGAAGGGGAUAUCCUCUACCUCAUGUAUGUUCGUCAGACUGUAUUCAAGGUGUUUAAAUUCCUUCUGAUCAUUGCCUACAACAGCUCUUUCGUGAAUCAAGUGAGGAAUAGAGUAUCAUGCAAAGUUGAGAUACAGGACAUGACAGGCUACAAAGACUUUGAGUGUAAUCACACCAUGGCUCACCUGUUUUCUAAGCUUUCUUACUGUUACCUGUGUUUGGUGGCUGUUUAUGGAUUAACAAGCCUUUACACCUCCUACUGGCUGUUUUAUCGCUCGCUGAAAGAGUACUCCUUCGAGUACGUGCGACAGGAGACAGGCAUCAACGACAUCCCAGACGUCAAAAACGACUUUGCGUUCAUGCUGCACAUGAUCGAUCAGUAUGACCCGCUGUAUUCUAAACGAUUUGCUGUGUUUCUGUCCGAGGUCAGUGAGAACAAACUGAAACAGCUCAAUCUCAACCACGAAUGGACCGCGGAGAAAUUGCGCCAGAGGCUCCAGACUAACACGCACAACAGACUUGAACUUCAGCUGUUCAUGCUCCCUGGUCUGCCCGACACUGUCUUUGAGCUGACAGAGCUGCAGUCACUCAAGCUAGAGAUCAUCAACAAUGUCACCAUUCCUGCCUCGAUCUCUCAGCUGGAGGAUCUCCAGGAGCUGUCUCUUUACCAGUGCUCUUUAAAGUUGCACACAACUGCUACCUCCUUCCUCAAAGAAAACCUGAAAGUGCUUCGCGUUAAGUUUGACGAUAACAGGGAACUUCCCAACUGGAUGUACGGAUUGCGCAACUUAGAGGAGCUCUAUCUCACCGGGUCACUCAGCCCUGAUGCCUCCAAGAACAUAGUUCUUGAAUCUCUGCGGGAGUUGAAGUGUCUGAAAACUCUCUCCCUCAAGAGCAACUUCACAAAGAUACCCCAGUCAAUUGUGGAUGUUUCCAGCCAUCUGCAGCGGCUGUACUUACACAACGAUGGCACUAAGCUAGUUAUGCUCAACAACCUGAAGAAAAUGACCAAUCUGACUGAGCUGGAGCUGGUGCGUUGUGAUCUCGAGCGGAUUCCACAUGCAAUCUUCAGCCUGACGAAUCUGCAAGAGCUCGACCUGAAGGAGAAUAACCUUCGCUCCAUAGAGGAGAUCCUUAGCUUUCAGCAUCUUCGAAAGCUCAUUUGCCUCAAACUCUGGUACAACGGCAUCAUGUACAUCCCGGAGCAUAUCAAAAAGCUUGGCAGCCUUGAGCGCCUGUAUUUCAGCCACAACAAGAUUGAGAUAUUGCCCUCGCACCUGUUCCUGUGCAACAAGCUGCGCUACCUGGACCUGUCCAACAACGACAUCCGAUUCAUCCCUCCGGAAAUUGGAGUCCUUCAGAGUCUGCAGUACUUCUCUGUCACUUGUAACAAAAUUGAAAAUCUACCAGAUGAACUGUUCUUUUGCAAAAAGCUAAAAACGCUGAAGCUCGGAAAGAACUCGCUGUCCAUACUCUCACCAAAAAUUUCCUACCUAGCUCUACUGACCUACCUGGAGCUCAAAGGCAACCACUUUGAGAUCCUGCCUCAGGAGCUUGGUUGCUGUCGUGCUUUGAAGCGUAGUGGCCUUAUAGUGGAAGAGACACUGUUUGAAACUCUGCCUUCAGAUGUCAGGGACCAAAUGAAGGCAGAGUAAGGUGCCUUAUUGCAGCCACAGUGCCUGCUGCUUGUUCUGUCUACCAUUUCAAAGCAUUUGCUUUAUAUGAAGUCAUUGUCAUACUGUACUACACUACUGUUGCAGUUAUUAGGGUUUUGUUAAGUUUUCUUGAAGAAAAAAUGACAUAUUCAUGUAUUGUCACAUUCUGUGUGGCUACAACAGGGACAUAAUCCAUGACCACAGCUCUUCUUAAAGGUAUAGUUCAGCAUUUUGGGGAUGAGAAGAGUUCUGGGAGAAGGUUCUUGUCAUUCUCCCUCCUGUACAUUGAACACAAACUAGUCGUCACUGGACAACACAGUGUUAAUGCUAAGCUAACUGUCUGCUGGCUGUAGCUUCAUACACAUACAUCAAUCUUCUCAUCUGUCUGUUGAGUUGGAUUUUUUGGGAUUUUUUUUCAAUAAUGUCAGACACAUUUCCUGUCACAGCUACAUUAAAUAAUUUGAUUAUUGAAUGUAAAUAUAAACUGUAGACCUCUCUUAAACAUAGGCCAGUAGCCUUAUGCUGUAUUUAUAUGUUGCUCUUAAGAGACUGUUAGUUCACAUGGACAGAAGCAGGGGAAAUAUAAUACAACAACAGACAUAUCUUACAUAAGUACAUGUAAUUACUUGGCUAUACAAUUUUGUAUCGUAGAAUGCUGGCAUUUUAAAGUGCAUUAAACUUAAAGGACUAUGUUA